GAUAUCAAAGGCUCUGGAACUCUGGGCGAGACCAAGACGUAAAGAGUGAAAGAGUGAUUUCCCAUAUAUUUUAAUCCGGGCAACUACCACUGGACUUAAUAUGGCGGCCGUCUUGAGAUUUUAAGAUGAGUUUAAAAUGAAGGUUGACAGAUCAAAAUUGAAAAAAUCCUCAUCUGAGGUGCCUGCAGAUUGCAAAGUUCUAAUAGAUAAACUUAAGAGUUUGUCAACUGAUGAUCUGUGUAAAGAACUGAAAGAUAUCAAAACAUGGACAUAUGGCAAGUGUGAAUUAUACCAUUGGGCUGAUAUUUUGGACAUAUUUGAUGCCAUUCUUGAAAAGUCAUGUACUAAAGAGAAUGACAAGAAAUGGACUCUCUAUUGUGACUUACCUGGAAAUGAUCAGCUCAAGCAGCUACUUAUGGAAAUUUUGCGUUUUACUGCCCUGCUGAUUGAACAUAGUUUUUCCAGACAUCUGUAUAAUUCAAUGGACCAUUUAACAACUUUAUUAACAUCUUGUGAUAUGAGCACAGUUCUUUAUGUUUUGAAUCUUCUUUAUGUCUUCAGCAAGCGUUCCAAUUUCAUUUCAAGAAUGAACCCAGAAAAAAAACAGGGACUUGUAUUACGCUUGAUUCACUUAGCUGAGAGUUGGGGUGGCAAAGAAAAUGGAUUUGGCCUUGCAGAAUGUUGUCAAGAUCUUCCCAAAGGGAGCUAUCCCUGUAGUGCCACAACAUUGCAUUUUGAGUUCUACAUUGAAGCUAAAGAUGACAAGUGUAAUAAAAAAUUCACACAUGGUUCAACAACAGCCAUUCAAAGUAUUCACAUGGAAAAUGUAGACAAGACUGGCAAGAUGCCUUCACAGAUAAUGGAAGAUAUUUUAGAUGUUUAUGAUGUACCAGAGGAGAAAAAGGUUCUGCUGUUCACACAUGUUCGCCUUGCAUGCUUAUUUUCUAAUUAUGAAGCACGCGUGCAAUGUGUACAAGCUAGACUUCAAGCUAUAUCUAUUCUUGUAUACUCAAGUGCAAUACAAGAGAACAUGAAUGUCAUAUUAUAUCCAGGACUGAUUGAAGAACUUGUUGACAUCGUUGAAAUUAAAGAUACUGCAAUAGUUGAUAUCAAAUCUGCAGCCCUAAGAACUUUAACUUCUGUGAUACACAUUGAAAGAAAUCCUAGGCUUAACAGCAUUAUUGAUGCAACUGGAGCAUCAUCAUACCAUGGAUUUUUACCUGUGUUAGUGAGGACAUGCAUUCAGCAUAUGAUAGAUCCAGAUAGGAAGCCUUUCCCACAAACAUAUGCUACUUCAUUAUUUUCCUUUCUAUAUCAUCUAGCAAGCUAUGACAAUGGUGUUGAAGCCCUUGUCUCCUGUGGUAUGAUGGAAUCAUUGCUCCAGGUUAUUAACUGGUAUGCUGAUGGCCAGGAACAUAUAACUUUUGUUACCAGGGCUGUAAGAGUGAUUGACUUGAUUACAAAUAUGGAUAUGGCAGCUUUUCAGGCACAUGGUGGUUUGCAAACAUUUAUAAAUAGGCUUGAACAUGAAGUCAACAUCUGUCGUAUAGAGCAGCCAUUUGUUAUACGGACACAUGGAAGAAACACAAUUCUGGAUGCAUUUGUGGAUAGCCCUGUCACUAUGGAUACAUCAUUAACAGAGGAAGUCAUUGAUUUGGAACUUUCUAGCAUGGGAAACUCUGCAAAGUUAACAGAAAAUCCUGGAAUCAGUAACCCAAUUCUCUCAGAAUGUGCUGAAACUUCAAAAUGCAUGGCUAAUACUUCUGCUCAAAAUCUAAAAGGAAAACAUUGUUUUGCUCAAAGGGCAGCUCUUCUCAAGUCAAUGCUUAACUUUAUGAAAAAAGCCAUUCCAGAUUUGUCAUUUGCUGAAAGCAUCAGGCACUUGAUGGAUGGCUCCCUUCCAAAAUCUCUGAAACAUAUUAUAAGUAAUUCUGAAUACUAUGGGCCUUCUCUGUUCCUACUAGCUACUGAUGUUGUCACAGUAUAUGUUUUUCAAGAGCCUUCUUUAUUGUCUUCAUUGCAAGAUAAAGGCUUAACAGAUGUUGUUUUGCAGGCCCUGCUAAUCAAGGAUGUUCCAGCAACCAGAGAAGUUCUUGCUUCAUUACCCAAUGUCUUUAGUGCUCUUUGUCUUAAUGCUCGUGGUCUAGAAGCUUUUGUUGCCUGUAAACCUUUUGAUCGUCUGUUUAAAGUUCUCCUAUCACCUGAUUAUUUGCCUGCUAUGAGAAGGCGACGCAGUUCUGAUACAUUUGGAGACACCGCAAGUAAUCUUGGCAAUGCAAUGGAUGAGCUAAUGAGACAUCAACCAUCUUUACGAACUGAUGCCACCAAAGCGAUUAUUAAACUUUUAGAAGAGAUAUGCAUAAUGGGACAAGAGCCUCAUUUCAUCUGCCAGAAACAGCAGCCAAAAGUUGAUCAGAAUUUAGUACAGUCAUCUUGUGUUAGAUCUCCCCAGUCUAAUGAAGCUAGUUCUUCAGAUGAAGAAGAAGAUGAAGAGGCUGAAAUGCCCCAUAUGCCACCAUCAAUAACUGCUUCAACACACUUAAGUUCAUCACAUAUAAAACCAGCAGUUCCUUCAACAUCACAGCAAGAUUCUAUGCAACUGCACGACCGGCAAGCUAUUCCUCUUAUGGAUUAUGUUUUAAAUGUGAUGAAAUUUGUAGAAGCAAUUUUAAGCAACAAUUCAACUGAUGAUCAUUGCAAAGAAUUUGUAGCACAAAAUGGCCUCAAACCUUUGAUGAGUAUUCUAGGAUUACCAAAUCUACCAAUAGAUUUCCCAUCAUCUACAGCUUGUCAAGCUGUUUCUAGUGCUUGCAAAUCUGUUUUAACUUUGUCUAGGGAACCCAAAGUGAUCAAACAAGGUCUUUUACAGAUGCAUGAAGUACUUCAAAAAUUAGAGCCACUGCAUAAACCACUAGAGCCUCCAGGAGGCUCUGUUUUGUUACAUGAACUUGCUAAUUGUGCACACAUGCCUGAUGCUACAUUAUCUCCCACUGCUACCCCCCUUCUCCAUGCACUUGCUGCAGCACAUGCAUACAUUGCUAUGUUUGUACACGUGUGCAGGAUGGGGCAGACUGAUAUUCGCACUAUCUCGAUAGAUAACUGGGGAUCAGAUUUAGGAUUAGAAGUUUUGAAAGGCUUAAGCUCACUAUAUAACUCUCUUGUUUGGGAGAGUACUGUUCUGUUGGCUUUAUGUAAUGAAGAUUAUUUACCAGCUGAUUGUCCAUUUGGAAGAGCAGAUUUGGACAAACUUUUAAGUAAAGAUGCUCGAGAGAAGAAUGAAAAUGUGGAAGUUGAGGCAAGCAAAGAAAGUAAAGCAAGUGAAGUUUCUGUUGAUAACAAAAUAGAACCAAGUGGAUUAAAUGAUGGUAUUAUUGAAACAGGAAGCAAUGGUGUUAGUGUUGCAAUGGAAACCCUUUCAACAGGGGAUGAAAGGAUGGAUACAUCUGAAGGUCAUUUCCAAAAUCUGAUUCAGCCUGGAAUGCCGCAUUAUAGAGCAAAUGAACAUAAUCAAUCUAUAAAUCCUAUUGUGACCACAUCUACUUCAUCGACAUCUAUUGAAUCUGAUAUCCUUCCAAAUCCUUUAGCAAUGACCUCAGGAACAGAAGAAAAAGAAGGGAAAAAAAAGGUUUCUCCUGCCAUGCAAGCCCAGCUCAGGCAGUUGAAACCAUUGUUGACAUUAUCUUCUCGAUUAGGAAGAGCUCUCUCUGAGCUUUUUGUUUUGCUUGUCAAAUUAUGUGUUGGCUCACCUGUAAGACAGCGUAGAUCACAACAACCACCCCCAACUCCACCCAUUCCAUCCCCAGCAGCAAGAGCUGUAGCAUUAGCAUUGACUAAGUUAUUGGCAGGUGGAUUAUCAUUUCAGCCUCCACCUUGUGUUUCUCAGCCAAAAUUAAGAAUGACAUUUUUGGUUUGUGCAGCUGGAUUUACUGCUCCAAUGUUGUUUGAUGAAAAAAAACAACCAUUUCAUUUGAUGCUUCAGAAAUUUGUUUCAUGUGGAGGUCAAACCGCUCUUUUUCAGUCAUUUUCUUGGGCUCUUUCCAUGAAUCGAAAAUUGCCUUUGUCACAAGAACAUGAAAAUCCAGAACUUCCAGAAGGAACUGGAGAAUUUUUAGACUCAUGGUUGACUUUGGUAGAGAAAAUGAUCAACCCAAAAGCGGUUCUAGAAUCUCCACAUACUUUACCUUCUAAAGAGAAAGCCCCUGGUUGCACACAAUUUAAUCCUGUACAAUAUCUUAUCAGCACUCAAAAGGCAGCAUUUAAUGCUGUGAUGAAUUUAUGGAACAAAAAGCCUCUCACUGUACACGGAAGCCGCAUUUCAGAAUCUAUUUUAAUGAUUUUAUGUCACAUCAUUGAUGGGGAAGCUAAAAUUAAGAAAUAUCUUGAAAAGGAUAAGGAGAAAAGUUCAGGUUCAUCCGGGGAUGCUGCUGUUGAUCUGAGUGGUGCUGGACCAUCUGGUUUAGGAUCAGUUUCAUUAGCAACCGCCCCUUCCAGUGCAAGCAGACGGCCUUUAGAAACUGUGAUUAAUCAAGCUCAUUUACAACAGCUGAUGGACAUGGGAUUCACUAGAGAACAAGCUACAGUAGCUUUAAAUAAUACAAGCAAUUUAGAACAGGCUACAGAUUAUAUUCUGACUAAUCCAGCUCCCAUAGCUACACACAAUUCAAUAGUUGGUGCUAUGGAUGUAGACUUGAAUGAUGAGGACCAAAUGAUGAGGGCCAUUGCCAUGUCAUUAGGAGAGAAUGCUGUUUUGUCAACUGACCAGACUAAGCCUGAGAGUAAAGAAGAAAAGCAAUUUGAUUCUGUAGAAGAAAAACAAGAAGCAGAGGAGCCACUUGAGACAGCUGUUUUGGAUGAAUUCACUUACAGUAUAUUUCCAGGUUGCCUUAACUUGUUAGACACCUUACCUGAAACAGUUUAUAGGGUCUGUGAUCUAUUGAUUGUUAUUAUGAAUAGAAAUGGAACUGAAUGGAAACAAGAAACCUUGAGAUCUCUUUGUAAUGAACUCUGUGAACUUUGUAAUGAAAUGACUCAGUGUGCUUUAGAAACAAAUGUCAAAGCCAUGCAAAACUCUCCAAGCUCUCAAAAAUUUGCUACACGUCUUCAUCUACUUAGUUUAUUAGCUGAGGAGAUGAACUUAGCAUGUGCAAUAGCUAUGCAAGAAGUGGAUCUUCCAAAAUUAAUAGUAAGACUUCUUCAAACAAGUAAAGAUGCUAUGCUUUCAAGUUAUGUUACAGAUACAAAAAUAACACUCAAAUGGCUUGCUCCAAUGUUGUUGUUACUUGAUCUAUGGGAAAAAAUAUCUGUUGGGCUGAAAAGGAAAAUGCAAGCAAGAAUAGCUGUUGGCAAUAAUCGUGUUUGGAAAUGGUUUGAUGACAGUAGUGGAAGGUGGUGCAAAUAUAGCUCUAAUAAUAAUGCUACAAUUGAUGAGGCCUUCAGAAAGGGGGAAAACUUUGUCAGGUUUCAAGCUGGAAGAAGAAAAUAUUCUGUUCAGUUUGGAACAAUGAUCCAAUUAAAUGAGGAAACUGGUAAUAGACGGCCUGUAAUGUUGUCAAUGUCAACAGCUGAAGAAAAGACUCCAGGAAGGAAAGAAAUGAAAGAGAACUUAGUUGAUGAGCAAUUGAUAGCAGAAAUAAAGAAAGAAUUUCAGGUAACUGGUGAAAUAGAUGAAUUCCUGCCAGGCUUAAAUGAAGAGAGUAUUGAAACUAUUAUCAGUUGCCUUAGUGCCUAUUUAAGUAUACCUCUCAAUUCGGACACACUUCAUGCUGCAAUGAGACUUAUUCUACGCAUAACUCGACAACAUAAAUAUGCAGUCAAGUUUGUAGCAGAAAAUGGUGCUAAAAGGCUUCUCAAUCUUUCUUUGGAUUCAAAUUUUCAAGGAUUUCUAAAUCUAGCCACACUUAUUUUUAGACACAUAUUGGAAGAACCAGUGGCUUUGAGAUAUUGUAUGGAGAAGGUGAUGCGCAAUGUGUGUGCUGGCAUAGGUUCAUGCCAGUCUGGUGUAAGCCAAGGAGGUGUUGGGGCUAAAGAAAUGCACUAUGUAUUAAGAGUAUUAGGACCUGCAGCUUGUCGAGAUCCUGAGAUGUUUAUUCAAGUUGCAAGAGAUACACUGCAAAUUGCACUUCCUCCCUCAUCUCUUAGAGAUGAGGAUGAAUCCAGGUUUGGAAGUCAAAACACACCCCAACUUCUUAAAUGUACUCCCACCAAACAGUUAGAAUCACUGGUCAAUCCUUAUAUUAAAACCUUUAUAUGGGAUCUCUUGAAUGCUCUGAUUGCCGAGCAGCCUAGUAAAGCCAGUAAAGAAAGACCAUUAACAUUGGCAGAACUUUUGCAAGAUACAGUUACAGAAAGUCAAUCUGGCAACAGCACCCAAUUUUCUUGGGUUAUUCAGUGUGGUUCAGGAAGUAAUUCCCAGCAUGCUGGAGAAAAUGGAAUGAGCCAAGGAGAAAAGGAUUCUGUGGCAGCAGGAGAAGGUUGUGGUGCUGUUGUUCGACCACUUAUACCAAAAUCUGCCAUUUUGAGACUAUUGUCAGAGAUUAUUCGUUCCUAUGGGAACUGUGUUCAACUCAUAACGCAGCAUAAUUAUUCACCAGGACAGACUGAACUUGUACCUGAAAGUUGUUCCGUUUUGGCAUUUGUACUAGACAGCCUUUUAACAAACUGGCAAGAUAUAGGGGAUAAAGAUUGCCCGGCAUUGUCUAGAGUUUUUAUUGCAAGUAUAGCAUCUUGUAGCCACAGUCCUGAUGCUCAAAUGAUUCUAGUAACAGAAGUGAAAGCAGCACUUCAGCGAGCCUUAGUCCUUCCAGAAAGUUCAUCCAAACAUCAGCGAAUUCAAGCAUUAACUAGCAUAAUAAAUACAAUGAUAGAAUCUUGUCCUACUCCUGGCCAAGUUCCUAAUCAAGUUUUUAAAGGACAGCAAGUAAUCAACAACAAUAUGAUGAAAAUACUUGUUAAAAAGGGACUUCUUGUAGACCUGGCUCGUAUUGCACACAGUCUUGAUCUAUCCUCUCCUUUCUUAGCAUCUACUAUUAAUGCAGCUUUAAAACCCUUGGAAACUCUUUCUCGCUCCGUCAAUUCACCUGACAAAUUUGUGACAGUGAAAAAAAGCAUGGCUGAAAGUAAUAGCACUGCCCCUGAUCAAGGUGGCACAACUACUCAAGUGGUAACAGAGCCUGCACAUGCAUCUGAAACAAGGCCAAGUGAUGGUUUACCUCUUGCAACAGAUAUCAAUGUAACAAUAGAAGAUGUGACCAACAACCCAGAUGCUCAGCUUGAUUUAGAAACUUCCAAUGAUCAUCAUAUACUGGAACCAAAUGCUGGACAAGAAGAGGAGCUGGACAAUGUAUUGCAACAGAUGUUUCAGUCAAGUCAUGGUGUGGACCCUGAGGAUCAAGUCAUUUCAGAAAUGACAAUCUCAAAUGUUGAACCUACCGUUGGUGAGGAUGAGAAUGAAAUUCUAAUAGAUGUUGAAGUUGAAGGUGAUGAAGAUGAUUAUGAAGGUCAUGAUUCUCAAAUGGUGAGCCAGGUUUUGUCCGAUGAAGAUGAUGAUGUACCUGAUCACAGAGAUCGUGAUGAUAACCAGGAUGAUGUUUCUGGUGAUGAAGAAGACUAUGAUGAAGCUGAUCAGGAAGAAAUAGGAGAUGAUGAUGAAGAUGAUGAUGAUGAUGAUGAAGAAGAAGAUGAUGAUGAUGAUGCAUCGGAUAUUGAUGGGGAUGAUGAUCAAGGAUGGACUAAUGCUUUUGAAACAGAUGGCUUAGUUUUUGAAGUUGAUGAUUUUCCUACCAGUGGAGGAGGUCAACAUAUAAUUUUUAAUGAUUCAAGCCAAAUUCAAACCUAUCAACUUCCAAUGCAUCUUCAUGAGAAUGAAUCUGGAGCAGAUACAUUGCCAAACCUGCCCCCUGCACCAAGUAAUAUUACAAGUACACAUCCUUUAUUAAUGAGGCAAGGUGAUUCUCAUGCUGCCAGAGGACAUAGAGGAGGUCGGCAGAGGAUGAGGACAUUGCCCACAGUUCAUGUUAAUCUUAACUCAACAACAAGACAGCCCAACACACCAGUCAUCCUUCAAAGGUUGCUUGGCCCCUCUACAGCUGCAGAAAUUUUGCAGCUAACAAGUAAUUUGGGUCAUGUACAAGGGGCUGGAAGUUCUGGUGGACCACGUGUAGUUUUAGCAGGAGAAAAUUUACCUCUUAUUUCGAGAGCCCCUGAUGAUGAUUUAUUCGAAGAAAUAUUUCAGGAGCCUUAUUCUGAUGCUGGUUCAUCUGGUACUGGUGCAUUAUCUUGUAUUCCUUCCACAUUAACUCGCUGGAUUGAAGAGACCAAAGUUUUAGAUGGUGAUGGUGUCCAUGAUCUUGUUCUAAUUGUUAAGCCACCUCUUAUUGAAGAGCUUGUCAAAAAACGUGAUGAAGAACUAGCAGAAAGGAAAGAGAAAAGAAAAAAAAUGGAAACUUCAGUAACUAAUGUUGACAAGAAAAAAGACACUGAGCAAGAUACAAAACAGUGUCUAAUACCAGCAGUAAUUGCACCAAAUUCCACUUCGGAAUCAAAUGCUAGUCAGGCCGCAGAGAUACUAGCCUCAGCUAUGGUAGAGCAUGUCUUUUCUCCAAUGGUGUCUCAAUCAGCAUCAUCCACUUUGGCAGCAAGGUUACCAGAGGACAAUGUAAAUAUGCCUGUGCAUAGAAAUAACAGAACUCCAUCAAUAAACUCAAGCAAUCAGCAGGUUCAACAGAUUUCAGCAACUGCUGAUCAGGGACAUGGUUCUGAUUUAAUUCAGCAAGAAAUGUUGCCUUUGUCUUCACAUAUAGCCCCUCAUUUGGCUGAUAUUCUCCCUUCAAGUUCUAUCCCAGCUGCCAGCUCUAUGUGGCCUGUAACAACUCAACAAUCCUCAAGUCUUGUAUCUCUCAGUAAUUCUAGAGAAGAAACAAGGGCUGUUGCAUCUUCAAAUCAAAUGCAAGGGUCUAUGAUAAGUCAGCUUCUUGACAGCAUUAUGACAGAUCAGCCCUUUACACCUAGUUCUAGUUCAGUCUUGAGUACUUCAUCAACCACAACUGUUCCAACACCUUUGCAACUCAGACAUAUUCCUUGGCAUCAUGAUAGUCAGUUUAGUGUACCUCCAACACAUUUUUACCUCAACCCUGUCACUCAAGCAGGAACAUCAGCUGUGUCUGUACCAACAACUGGCGUAGAUCUACUAUCAACUUCUCUCCCUCAGUCACUAGCAGCUAGUUCUAACAUUUCAGCGCCAUUUGAUUUCACUGAAAGUCUUCCUCCACUACCAGUAACAACUACCCCUUUGUUUAGUGGCCUUGAUCUAUCUCAGGACUUGUCAUCAAUUUUUUCUCACACACAUCAAUCUUUUUACAGUGGUGGUGUCACGGGUGCUACACCAGCACUCAGCAAUCUAACGUUUGUUACUACCACUGCUCCUUCGGUUCAACCUGUCAAUACUGUAAUUACAACUGGUGCUACUACAACAAGCACAUCAGGGCUUCAGUCUCAAGGUAUAUCAGAUCAAGAAAUUCCAGAAGGUGUUGACCCAUCUUUUUUGGCUGCUUUGCCUGAGCAUAUUAGGCAGGAAGUGAUUUCAGAACAGUUGCGCCUUCAGAGAAUAAGAAGACGGGCUCAAGAACAAGCCCAUCAAAGUGCAUCAAUAUCAGACACUGGAGCAGGGGAAGGUGGCAGUGCAAUGGAAGUAAAUGCUGAGUUUCUUGCAGCCUUACCUCCAGCUAUUCAAGAAGAAGUCCUUGCCCAGCAAAGAGCAGAACAAGCAAGGUUAGCAGCUUUGCAACAAAAUGCAGCCAAUCCUGACCUACCUGUAGAUCCAGCAACAUUCUUCUCAACUUUGUCAACAUCCCUAAGACAGCAAGUUCUGUCAGACAUGGAUGAUAGCAUGCUUGCUGUUUUACCACCUGAACUGGCAGCUGAAGCUCAAGAAUUACGCAGGGAUAUGGAGGAAAGGCACAGGCGACUUCUUCAGGAGCGGCUUUUUGCUCAGGCUGGUGCGGCUUCAAUCUCAGCUAUUCUCAGGCACUCCGGUCUUGCUGGUCGUUUAGGCACUAGAUAUGCUAUUCGUGCAACACAACGCCAAAACCAGUGGUCCUUUGGAGGAAGCCGACUUAAUUCAGGUCCAUCAGGAGCAACCAAUCCUACCAAAGUCAAAGGAAGAUUUAUGUUAGAUGCAGAGGCCUUGACAUGCCUCUUAGUAUUAUUGUUUAUAGAUGAACCAAAGCUGAAUACAACUCGGCUACAUCGAGUGCUUCGAAAUCUGUGUUACCAUGGACCCACAAGGGCUUGGCUAAUUAGAGCACUGUUAUCUAUUGUACAAAAAGCUGGUGAUAACACAAAUAAUAUAGCAAACAAUUUAUCUUCAGAUAGAAGUAAUUCAGGUUUCAAAGAUAAAGGAAAAGGAAAAAAGUCUGUCCCAAUGAACUGUACAGUACCUGUUUCUUCUUCCUCAUCAUCUGCAACUUCUUUGGACACUUCAUUGUCUAUGCAAUCUGAUGUUAAUCUUGCUCUAGUCACCAAUAUGAAUACAUCAACCCCACUUGCUGUAGGUGGAUCAAGCUCAGGGGGAACUGGCUAUUGGUUAUCCAUUAGUCUUGAAGCUGCCUUAGGCUGCAGAGCCAAUGUCUUUCAAAUCCAACAUAAAAGUUAUGGUAAAAAAUCCAGCAGUUCAUCACCAGCACAAAUAAAUAUUCAUCCUCAAGCUGCUCCAGUUGUGUGUCGCCAUGCUUUGGAUACUCUGAUCUCAUUGGCUAAAAUAUUUCCCACUUAUUUUCUUCCUGCUGGUAAAGUGAAAGAAGUGAACAAAUGUGAAGGACCUGUCAAAGAUGAAGAAACAGAUGUAACUGCAUUGAAAAAAUCACCUCAUGGAGCUUUAAUGUCCAGUCCUAAAGCUAAGCCUACAGAUAUGUCAGCACCCACGUCUACACGCCAUGACAUGAAACUAGAAAAUGACUUUUGGAAUAUUCUAGUGCGACUGGAUAGCACAUGUGGGAAAAGCAAGGGCAAAAAUGUUCAACGCAGUCAUAAUAUUACAGCCUCUGAGUUUGAAUUGUUGGCUACAGACUAUGCUAACAGUGCAUUGGGACAAUUGAUGUCUAUGCUUAAUCAUCCUGUAGUCAAAAGAAGUCAACUUUUGACUGAUCGUUUAUUAAGACUGUUAGGAUUAAUCUCUGUCAGCUUGCCUGACAAUACCAGGCCAUCACAAACUAACAAUAUAGUCAAUGUCGCUGCAAUGAGAAGUAAUGUUGCUAAUCCUCCAUUACCUGGACAAACUGCUAUUGCUUCAUCAUCUGGACAGACAUCCAACCAAGACAAUCAAGAUGGUUCUAUAAAGGAAGCAGAAAUAAAAGAAAAUUUGACAUCUCUCGAGACUGAAACUGAACAAGAUGAAGUGCCAAUUUUAUAUGAUCAACUUAAGUUGGCAGUUGAGGUACUUACCUCCAAAUCCUGUUCAGAAGAGGGCUUGGAAGAUGCCACUAAUCUUCUUUUACAAUUAUCUUGGGCAAACACUGCCACACGUGCAGCUGUUUUAGAGUUGCUUUUGUCAGGUGCUCGACAGCUGGGGAUGACAGUUUGCAGCCAUAUAAAUAGUUUGUUGGAGCAGCUGAAGGAACUCAACUCUGGAAUAGGAGUAGAUCAACAGGAUGAAGACAGCAACUUAGAUUCUAGUGAUAAAAUUGGAGGCUCAGUUGGUAGUAGCCAACAUGCUAAAGGAGUAUUACAAGACAGAUUCACAAGUGGAGCUAGUAUUAUAGUUUCUGUUCCUGCCAAAUUGAAAACGGGAAGAGAGCUACAAUUACCCUCAAUGUCACAGCUGACCAGUAAAACUUCAGGCCAACAGUUUUUUUUAAGAAUACUUAAAGUCAUUAUUCAACUAAGAGAUGCUGCUAGAACAGCAGGCACGAAGCACAAAAAAGUAAAUGGACGAGGUCGGUCUGGCUUUGAGCAGAUUCAUGCUAUUUUGAACUCUGUAGUUAAUGACGAUGACUUCAUCAAUUUUUUUGGAGAAAAUCAAAUAUUGCCAACAGUUUCCAGUGCUGUUGCUCCUAUAGCUGGCCGUACUGCUUCUACUACUACCAACCGAUCAUCUAUUCCAGAUGUUCCAACAUCAAGUCAGUCUCAGGCAAGUCAAGGUGUUGAAGAUAAUUCUAGAAGUAUGGAGAUGCCAAUGGAGGUUGACACCCAAGCUGCUGGUGCUGAAAGUGAAAGCAAAUUCUCUGAGUCCACCUCAGCAACACAUAGUGCUCCAACAUCACUGCCACGUCUCAGUGAACAAUUAGGUCUUGAAGAACUCUGGAACACAUUGGGAAAUUGUCUGGCAGAACUGGCUAGAACUCCUGAUCAUCAUGCAGUGCUUAUUUUACAGCCAGCUGUUGAGGCUUUCUUUAUUGUACAUGCAGGAGAAAAAGGUAAAAAAACAAAUGAAACGCCAGUUUCGAAACGAGAGGAUCAGCUUGCGCACUUGAAUAUGGAAAUGGCUCCACCUAGCCCUUCACCAGGACCAUCCUGUGCAGAUGGACCAUUAUCACUUGUUGGUAGAGAGAACUCUGGUAUAGCUAUGGCAUCAAUCACUCAUCUUCCUCCAGAUACACAAAAAUUUCUCAAAUUUGCAGAAACACACAGAACUGUUUUGAACCAGAUAUUAAGACAAUCCACUUUACCACUUGCUGAAGGUCCAUUUUCAGUUUUGGUGGACUACACUAGAAUAUUAGACUUUGAUGUUAAGCGAAGAUAUUUUAGACAAGAAUUGGAAAGAAUGAAUGAAGGUGCUCGCAGGGAAGAUUUACCUGUUCAUGCACGCAGAUCCAAUGUAUUUGAAGAUUCCUUCAGAGAGCUUUUUAGAAGAACACCAGAAGAAUGGAAACAAAGAUUCUACAUAGUAUUUGAAGGAGAAGAAGGCCAAGAUGCUGGCGGUUUGCUACGUGAAUGGUACAUUAUUAUCUCACAUGAAAUUUUUAACCAAAAUUAUGCACUUUUCUUGACAUCUCCUGGUGAUCGAGUAACUUACAGUAUCAAUCCAUCUUCCCAUUGCAACAGUAAUCAUUUGAGUUACUUUAAAUUUGUUGGAAGAAUCAUAGCCAAAGCUGUAUAUGAUAACAAACUGUUGGACUGUUAUUUCACAAGAUCUUUUUACAAACACAUGUUGGGACUACCUGUGAAAUACACUGACAUGGAAAGUGAGGAUUAUGCUUUCUAUCAAGGUCUUGUAUUUCUCUUGGAAAACAAUGUGGCUGAUUUAGGUUAUGACAUCUUCUUUAGUACAGAGAUCCAAGAGUUUGGUGUGACAGAAACACGGGAACUAAUUGCCAAUGGUUCCAAUGUUCUGGUGACAGAUGAAAAUAAAAGAGAAUAUGUUAAGCUAGUGUGUCAAAUGAAAAUGACAGGUGCUAUUAGACAACAGCUCAAUGCAUUCUUGGAAGGGUUUUAUGACAUUAUUCCAAAAAAACUGGUGUCUAUUUUUACUGAACAAGAACUGGAGUUGCUCAUAUCUGGUCUACCUACAAUUGAUAUUGAUGAUUUAAAAGCUAACACUGAAUAUCAUAAAUAUCAAGCUACAAGUCUACAGAUACAAUGGUUUUGGAGAGCACUUCGUUCCUUUGAUCAAGCAGAGAGGGCCAAUUUCCUACAGUUUGUGACAGGUACAUCUAAAGUGCCCUUAGGUGGUUUUGGAAAUCUAGAAGGAAUGAAUGGGACUCAGAAGUUUCAAAUUCACAGAGAUGAUCGCUCAACUGAUCGUCUCCCUUCUGCACACACAUGCUUCAAUCAACUGGACCUCCCUGCUUAUGAAACUUAUGACAAAUUACGUAAAAUGCUGUUAUUGGCUAUAAGUGAAUGCUCAGAAGGUUUUGGAUUAGCAUGAAUAUUUGAAAAACUUUUAGUUCCCCAAUUUCUUGUCAUUUUUGCCAGAUAGUUGGGUCUAGACUAAUACAUCUUGAUUAGUUUGAACAUGCUAUAUUGUCUAGACUAAUACAUCUUGGUUAGAUUGAACAUGCUAUAUUGUACAAAAUAAUACAUCUUGGUUAGAUUGAAAAUGCUAUAUUGUAUAGAUUGUGCCCAUGAUAUUCUUAGCGUUCAAUCCAUUUUUGUUGCUAUUAAAUUGUGUACAGGCAGUUAAUACUUAUGUGAUGCAUUUCUUUGUCAGCUUGUGUGUGUGUUUGAGUGAGAGUUAUUGACAACAAAAACAAUCAGCUGGUAUAAACCUGUGUAGUGCAUUCCACUUGUUUCAUGUUAUUUCUUCAUUGAAUGUAACACUAGUUUGUGCAUGGACUGGAUGGAAGGUGGCCCUUUUUAUAAACUGUACAUGUUUCAGUAUGGCCUAGUUAGGAAAACUGACUUGGAACAUUUCAACACGUUUUGUAUUUAUUGAAAAAAACACUUAGAAUGUAUUUCAACCAAAUGUAAAAAAAAAAACAAAAAAAAAAAAAAACAA